GCUCAACCUGUGGUGCCCCAAAGGUCAGCAUGGCGACAUCUGGCGGGACUUGUUCCACGAAAACCACAGAGGUGAACUUUCCACAUACUAUCGACAAUUCCUACUCCCAGCAGGAAGAGACCAAACCGAAUUUCGCAGCCAGCAAGACUAGACUUCUUCUGAGCCAGGUGGCCUACUUCCUGAACUACCAGCUGAAGACAUACAAAGAUCGAAAAGAUCAUGAUAAAGAACAGAAAUGCAGAGAUAGCAAAAAUAAACUUCUUAUGAGUCAAGUGGCCUACUACCUGGGCUGCCGGCUGAAGACAGAAGUCGCUGGCUUUCUGUGUUCUGCCCCAAACAUAAGCAAGGUGGCAUCUGGCAUGCCUCCUUCCAGAAAAAAAGCAGAGGUGAACGUUCCAGAAGGCAUUGAGAAAUCCUGUUACCAGCAGGAAGAAAACAAACAGAAUUUCGGAGCCAGCAAAAAUAGACUUCUUCUGAGCCAGGUGGCCUACUUCCUGAACUACCAGGAGAAGACAUACAGUAAGUUCUAUAGGUUGACCACCACAAAAGUGAUCAAUGAUGUCCUGUGUUGUCUUAAGAGACUAACCACUCUCUUCAUCAAAAUUAAUUUGAUCUUUCCCAUACUUGUAGAAAAUAGAAAUGGGUAUUUUAACAUUUUGCUAAAGAUGGAACACAGAGGCCAAAGUAUUUAGCAACUUUUCCACAUCUGCAGUAAGGUGGGUGUGGGACUGGGGUUACAAUCCCAGCUAUUGAUUUCUGACACAGGCAGAGAACCACCUGUUUUUCUCAGCAAGAGACUGAAUCCAUGUUUACAGGAAUCCUCUCUGUACGGUAUAAGAUCCUGCAGAGAAGUAGCAUCCAGUCUGUUGGUCUAAAUGUCUGAGGCUACU